AUGGACGCCGAGCUCGUUGCUAGAGCCCUAGAGGGACCAGACCGGCCACCAUAUUACAAGGUCGUAGGUAUCGCACUGGCUAUUGGUUCUGGCCUGUUCAUCGGAUCAUCCUUUGUGCUGAAAAAGGUCGGACUUCUCAGGGCCAACGAGAAGUACAACGAAGUCGCUGGCGAGGGCUACGGAUAUUUGAAAAACGCCUUUUGGUGGAGCGGCAUGACGCUCAUGAUUGUCGGCGAGAUCUGCAACUUCGUCGCAUAUGCCUUUACCGAUGCGAUUCUCGUCACGCCACUGGGAGCAUUGUCUGUUGUCAUUACCACAAUUCUCUCCGCCGUAUUUCUCAAGGAACGCCUGAGUCUGGUCGGCAAGGUUGCAUGCUUUCUAUGUAUAGUCGGGUCCGUCGUCAUUGUCCUGAACGGCCCUCAGGAAUCCUCGGUCGCCGACAUUCAGGAAAUGAAGACGUUCUUUAUCGCUCCGGGCUUCCUGUCCUAUGCAGGCGUUAUUUUGGUCGGCUCCGUCAUUACUGCAUUUUAUGCUGGCCCUAGAUGGGGCAAGAAGAACAUGCUGGUCUACAUUUCCAUCUGCAGUUGGAUUGGCGGUCUGAGUGUCGUGUGUACUCAAGGGUUGGGCGCAGCCAUCAUAGCAUGGAUUGGUGGAAAGCCGCAGUACAAGGAAUGGUUCCUAUGGGUCUUGUUUGUCUUUGUCAUCGGCACGCUGGUGACUGAGAUCAUCUUCUUAAAUAAAGCUCUCAACCUCUUCAACGCAGCUCUCGUCACGCCCACAUAUUAUGUUUACUUCACCAGCACCACAAUCAUCACGUCUUCAGUCUUGUUCAGAGGUUUCAAGGGCACCCCGCAGGCAAUUGCCACCGUUGUGAUGGGAUUUCUCACAAUUUGCUCGGGCGUGGUACUGUUGCAGUUAUCCAAGUCAGCCAAGGAUGUUCCCGACGUUGCCGUUUUCAAGGGCGACCUGGAUCAAAUCCACACCAUUGCCGAACAAGAGCAGCCGGAGUCAGAGCCCAAGGCUGAUGCCAUCCGUGGCGCGGCCGCUAUCGUACGUAGAAUAUCAAACACUCGUUUAAGGAUGGAAGCCGAGGAGUUGAAGAGGCUCCAUGAAGAGAAGAUGGCAGAGACCAUGGCCCCUAUUAGCGAGGACGGGCAGUCGGAAUAUGAGUGGGACGGCCUAAGAAGAAGGAGAACACUGGCGGCGAGCACACGAGCACGCGCUGCAACAUCGCCUCAACCUCGUACACCGGUCCCCGGCCCGUUGGGCAGUCCCACAAGUCCUCACCCUCCGCUAGGCAUGUCGCGCUUCCCGUCGGACGAGGAGCUUGAGCAAGCGGAGCAAGGCACCAUUUUCUCUAGUAUAGCUGGCACCAUUCGAGGCCGGCCUCGGACCAGCACCACACUACCGUCCUACGAGGACGAGUAUCCCAUUAAAGGCAGAAGUCCCCUUCAUCCCAUUCCACUGACGCAUAUACAACAAGUGCCGACACAGAAGCCUGAUGACGAAGCAGGUGCGUAUUAUGGUCACACCCGCGAGCAUGUCUUUAGCCAUCAGGAUACCGCGUAUCACGGCGUCGCGGACAGGAAUGUUCAGGACAUUCCACCCACGCCACCGCCACACUCUGCACGACGCCAGUUUUCAUUCAAUCGAGUUUUCAGGCGGAAUACAGGGCCUACGGAAGAGGAAAGAGUAGGUCUAGUCAAAGAGGGGGGAACUGAAGGCCAGCCUUCCUUUAUCUAG